UAAUGAUUAAUAGUAAAGUCAAAUCUGAAUUUUUGCAAAAAUUGGCUUGUUGUUCAGAAUAUGCUUAUAGAGAAGAUACCAACUAUCCUAUACGAAAUCAAAUGGAAGAUUGUAUACAAUACUCUAAAUAAGAUCAGCCCAUUAUUAUAAAGAUAAUUGUUUUGAAGAUGGUACUGCUUGUCUAUUUGCUGUAUUUGAUGGUCAUGGAGGGACUGAUGUAGUUGAAUACAUCACAAAAAUUCUACCAGAAGUAGCUUAAUUUAAAUAUAAAUAAAGACCUUUCUGAGAGAUUUCAAGUAAUUUAAUAUAUUGAAACCGAAUGAUUAUUUUGAAUAGAUAUUCAAAAAAGUUGAUGAUUAACUAAAAUUAGUUGGAGCUGCAGAAAUAGGUGCCACUUGUUGUUUAACUCUAUUAAGGAAAGAAGAUAAUAAAAGAAAAUGUUAUAUUGCAAAUUUAGGUGAUACAAGAGCAGUGAUGAAUAUUGAUGGUAAAGCAGUUAGAAUGACAGUCGAUCAUAAAGGAAUUGAUCCUGAAGAAUAAGCUAGAGUUAAGUAAUAUUAAAUGAUAUAAUUAUGCUUACUAAAGGCGGGAAGGAGGUACAAUUGUGAGAGGUAGAGUGAUGGGCUAGUUAGCAGUUACAAGAGCAUUUGGAGAUCUAGAUUUAAAAACUGUUGGUGUUUCAGUUAAACCUGACCUAAAAGUAUAAGAAAUUACACCCUUAUGCAAAUAUUUAAUUAUGGCUUCUGAUGGACUUUGGGAUGUUGUAGAUGAUUAAGUAAUUCUCUUUAAUUUAAAUUCUUAUAGAAAGCAAUUGAUAUAACUAAAGGAUUAAAGAAUUCUGAUGAAAUGACAAAAGAGCUAUUACAGUUUGCUUUGAAAAAUGGCUCAAGAGACAACAUUAGCAUCUUAAUUGUAAUGUUCUGAUUUAUUAUAUAAACAAGUAUGUAACUA